AUGUCAGACGACGAGGAUAUUCCCACGCUCAUACCGGUCGAGCCAGCAGAUCUGAGCAAGAAAGUCCCGCUCACGAUCAUCACCGGCUUUCUCGGCGCCGGCAAGUCGACCCUGCUCAAGUACAUCUUGACUGAACGGCAUGGCUACCGCAUCGCCGUGAUCAUGAAUGAGUUUGCCGACUCGGCCGAUAUCGAAUCCCGCGCGAUCAACGUCGGCACAGACACCCAAGAGCUCCUCGAACUCCCCAACGGCUGUCUCUGCUGCAGCAUCAAAGACCAGGGUGCAGCAGCAAUCGAAGACCUCAUGAAACGCCGCGGCGCGUUCGACUAUAUCCUCCUUGAGACUACAGGACUGGCGGACCCGGGCCCGAUUGCGGGCAUGUUCUGGUUGAACGAGGAGUAUGGGAAGGGGCAGGGUUGGGAUAUUGGGCUGGAUGGCGUGGUUUGUGUUGUUGAUGGGGUUUAUGGGCUCCAGCAAUUGGAGGAAGACCAUAAGUCGCCGGCGCAAGAGGAUGGGAGGCAGCUGGGCGAAUCGAUCCGCCAACUGGCCUCGGGAGACGUAGCGCUCAUCAACAAAACGGAUCUCGCCACGCCCGCACAACUCUCCGAGCUCGAAGCCGCACUACACGCUAUCAACCCGGCGCUCGUUAUACACCGCACCGUACGCGGCGAGAUCGACCUGAGCAAGAUCAUCGGGAUCAAGGCGUAUGCCACGGGCCCGCCGAAGGGCGCAGAGGAGGGAGACGGGGAGGGGCACGUACACGACGAACACUGUGAUCAUGCACACGACAAAGCGGAUCCGGGAGCGAAAACGCACUACGCCGCGCGCGGCAUUUCGUCGCUCACCCUGCCUUGCCCGCCACUCACGACGGAACGUCUCUCUGCGCUCGAUAAAUGGCUACAAACGCUACUCUGGGAACGUACGCUGCCGCCACCUUAUGCAGGCGCUGAGGUGGACGUGUUGAGAACGAAGGGUCUGAUCCCGGUUGUUGGAGGAAGUAGGAGGGUGUUGCAGGGUGUGAGGGAGAUGUACGAGAUCGAGGAAGAAGAGGGCACGGUUGAAGAGGGGCAGAGUGAGGGGAAGCUUGUGUUUAUUGGGAGGGGGUUGGGCGAGGAGAUUAGGGAGAGUUUGGAGAGGGUGUUGAAGGGGUGA